AUGACGCCCCUGGUGUUGCAGGCGUUCAUAGACGACGACCACGAUCAAAUCACGGCAAAUUUUGCGACGCCAAUGCAUGAAAUAAAUUCAGCAUUAAAGGAAUGCGGCUUUGGCUGGUUUCAAAAAAAGCUUCUGUUCGCAUCAUUAUUUGCAUAUUCCUGUGGCGUCUUUGUUACUAGUACUACGCCAUACAUUUUACCAAACGCAGAAUGCGACCUAAAUAUGAAUUUAUUACAAAAGGGUAUUCUUAACGCAGCUCCUUUCAUAGGAAUGUUAAUAUCAUCUGUUAUAGCUGGGUUUCUAACAGAUGCGUUUGGCCGUAAAAUAUUUGUAGUCGGUGGACAUGCUGGAAUUUUCUUUUUUAAUGUGAUAUCAGCCUUCAGUCAGACGUAUGAGAUGUUAAUAAUCAGCAAAUUUUUCGAAGGACUUUUGUUUGCAACAGCUCUUAGUCCUUGCGUGAUACUUACGUCUGAAUAUUGCCAUAGUGACGUCAGAGAUAGAGUGUUGUUAUUCCAAUCAUCAUUUAUGGCUUUGUCACAAGUCAUUUUGGCUGCAUUGUCCUGGCUUAUUCUUACACAAGACUGGGAAACGUCUUACUUCAGUGGAUUUAUCGUUCUGCAUACCUGGAACUACUAUCUACUCAUAAUGUCGCUAUUCUCUUUGACUACUUGUAUAUUAUACAGCCUAUUUCCCGAAAGCCCAAAGUUUUUAGUCACACAAAAUCGAUUUAACGAAGCCAGGGAAACGCUAAAAAAUGUUUAUAAAAUGAACACUGGAAAGCCAAUAGAGACAUUUUCGCACGCAAACAUAUGGCAAGACAAAAUAUAUACAGCUAACGUGGCACCAGAAUUUACACCAAAAUCUACGUUUACUUCACAACUUGUCAAUGGACUGCAUAACAUCAAGCCGAUGUUCAGGAAACCAUUGUCCUCCUAUUUGAUACUCAUUUGUGUUAUGAAUUACCUCAUCAUGACUCUAUUCAACAUAAUCCGGCUAUGGUUCCCACAGUUGUCAACUGUAGUUGAGCAUUACGCUGGAAUUGACGGAAAGUCUGAUCUUUGUGAAAUAAUAGACGCAUAUACGGAAGAUUUAAAUACAAGAGGAGUUAAUGUUACAGUUAACGAAGUUUGUGUACCGACUCGCAGUGGUACGGACACCUAUGUAAACAGUAUGAUUUUGGGUUGUGUUGCCAUAAUGCCAUACAUUUUGAGCGGGAUCCUGGUAAGGAAAGUUGGAAAGAAGUUUUUGGUUAUAUCAGCUGGUUUACUGAGCAUAGCCGCUACUUUAUGGUUGAGGUGGUCAAGUUCAAGGACUGAAGUCGUAGGAUUAUUUGCUGCUGAUAUGGCAAUUAGUCAAAUCAUUAUAAGCCUUUUGCAGGCUACUGCUAUUGAAAUAUUUCCAACUGCUACAAGAACACUGACAAUGUCAUUAAUACUGACGACUGGUCGUAUCGGAUCAAUGGUAGCAAAUGUUAUGUUCCCUAUACUUCUAGAUAUUGGGUGCAUUGUACCAUUCUAUACCUUGGCAGGGUUGAUGAUCUGUUUAACCAUACUUGCAAUUUUCCUGCCCAAGGACAGCAAAAAUUAUGGCAAGAAAGAACAAGAAUUAUCCGAAAUAAAUAGUACAAAAAGUUACUCUUCGAUACUGUUAAUGCACAACAGAAGUGGAUCGUACUAA